AAGUGGCAUUAAGCAUCACAAUACAAAUAUAGACAGUCCAAUGGCCCUGCAGCUGGAAGAAGAGGAAAACUUCGGCUAUGCCAUGCAGAUUGCGUUUUCUUCAGUGCUGUCCAUGUCUAUGCAAUCAGCAAUCGAGUUAGGCGUUUUCGACAUCAUAGCAAAAGCCGGUCCUGGUGCCAAGCUCUCUUCAUCAGAGAUUGUAGCCCAUAUCGGCAGCGGCACCAGGAAUUCUGAGGCACCGAUGAUGUUGGACCGUAUUCUAAGGCUCCUAGCCAGUCACUCUAUUCUCAUCUGCUCUUUUGUUGCUAAUGAAGAAGAUGGGUCUGAUUCUCAAAGGCUCUACAGCCUUGGCCCUGUGUCCAACUACUUUGUGACUAAUGAAGAUGGUGUUUCUUUAGGCCCCUUGAUGUCAUUCAUUCAAGACAAGAUCUUACUAGACAACUGGCCCCAGCUAAAAGAAGCAGUUACUGAAGGAGGAACUCCAUUUAAGAGGGUCCAUGGUAUCCAUUCUUUUGAGUAUCUAGAUUUAGACCCCAGGUUUAAUCAAGUUUUCAGCACAGGAAUGUUUAACCACACCGCUAUUGUCAUGAAGAAGAUUGUUCAUGUCUACAAGGGUUUUGAGAAACUUACUCAACUUGUUGACGUUGGCGGUAAUGUGGGAGUGAAUCUUAGUGUAAUCACUUCUAAAUAUCCUCAUAUUAAGGGUAUCAAUUUCGACUUGCCUCAUGUUGUAAAACAUGCCCCUUCAUAUCCUGGGGUCGAACAUGUUGGAGGAGACAUGUUGGCAAGUGUUCCAUCUGGGGAUGCCAUUUUUAUGAAGUGGAUACUUCACGAUUGGAAUGACCAAGACUGCAUAAAGUUGUUGAAAAAUUGUUACAACGCUAUUCCAGACAAUGGAAAAGUGAUUAUCGUGGAAGCACUUCUUCCGGCGAUGCCAGAGACUAGCACCGCCGUGAAGAGCACAUCCCAGAUUGAUGUGCUUAUGCUGACUCUUAACCGGGGAGCAAAGGAGCGGAGCCGAGAAGAGUUCAUGGCUUUGGCAACUGGUGCUGGAUUUAGAGGCAUUAAAUAUGAAUGUUUUGUCUGUAAUUGUUGGGUGAUGGAGAUCUUUAAGUAAACUCCUGCUUAGAAAAAGUUACACCACUUCAUGGAAGUGUACUCAUCAUGGCCUCCUGCCCCAUCAAUAACUCCGGCCCAUAAUUCCUGUCUCAGAAACACCUCUGUCUGUGAGCAUGAUCAAAAAAUUAUUUUUCUUAAAA